AUGUGGCUCGUCAGGCGCAGACACCUCCCUGACUCUCUUCGUGCUGUCAGGGACCACUUUCUCGCCCUUGACCCCACAGACCUCACUGUCGACCUGCUCGAGGAGCACCUCCUUGCAGCUGAGACUAGCAUAGUCGCUGUAGGUGCUGCUCGUGACACUCCUCGCAUGCCCCUCUUUGAGGGGUGCUCCCCCUCCCCCCUUGCCCCCUCCAACGCUUCUGCUGCUGCUGUUGACUUCCUUGGUGCUGAGGAGCGGGGGGGGGGGGUGGUGGUGGAGGCAGUGGAGGCGGUGGAGGUGGCUGAGGUGGCGGUGGUAGUGGUGGCGGGAGUGGGGGCGUCGGUGGCGGCGGUGGCGGCAGCGGUUGGAGUGGUGGUGGCGGUGGUGGCAGCAGUAGGAGUGGUGGCGGCGGUGGUGGUGGUAGCAGUGGGAGUGGUGGCGGCGGCAGUGGUGGUGGUCGGGGUGGAGCCGUUCAGAGGGGAGGUUCUGGCGGUGGCCAGUGGCAGCAGCAACAGCGUCCGCGCGAGACCGCUUCAUCCCAGCAGCUUUGUGAGUGGUUUGCUCCACGUGGGGCGUCUGGGGGUAGUGUUCGCUGCCCGUACGUCAUCCGCACAGGUGACCGCGCUAGUCAGACAUGCGGGAAGUAUCACACACACCCAGCACCGCUGCUUCUCCCGCCUUGACGACGCUUGUGCUGAGGGUGACUGUUACUUGUGUGUGCCGCCCGACCCAGGUAUAGAGGCUGCUGCUCUAGGUGCUAGUGAGUCUGCUCUCUCUGGUACUGCGCUUGCUGAGGCCUUGCACACCUUCACGCUUGACUCAGUUCCAUUUGGCUCACUCUCAGGUCUUCACCUCCCCUCGUUCUCUACAAACUUGGUGAGUAUCGCUGCCCUCGAGGAUGAGAUGGUCACUAUCACCACUCCUUGGGGUCAGCGUGUGGCGAUCUGCACGUGUGCACGGACGGGCCGUCACCUGGCCACGUUCACCCGUCGGCCUGGGUCGAGUCUAUACACACAGACUACAGAGCCUGCUCAGGUAGCUGCGUCUGGUCAGGUGUCCGCGUCAGGUCAGGUAGCCGCCCCAUGUUCGUGUCGCCUCCUAUCGCACCAGACUCUCCUUUGGCACCACCGCCUUGGUCACCCCUCCCUGCCACGCCUCCAUGGCAUGCACUCCCGCCUCCUUGUUUCUGGUCUUCCCAGGUCUCUGCCUCUCCUCCUGCACUUGCCUGCCCCGCCCUGCCUUCCUUGCGUUGAGGGGCGGCAGCGCGCCGCUCCUCACUCCUCUUCGUUUCCCCCGAGGAUUGCUCUCCUGCAGACUCUCCACAUGGACGUGUGGGACCCAGCCCACAUCCGUAGACAGGACCGCGUGCGGUAUUUUCUGCUGGUUGUUGACGACUACACGCGUUACACCACGGUCUUCCCCUUGCACAGCAAGGGGGAGGUCCCUGAUGUUUUGAUCCCUUGGAUUCGUGCAGUCCGUCUCCAGCUCCACGAGCGGUUCCGCGAAGACCUUCCUGUCCUGCGUCUGCACUCUGACAGAGGUGGUGAGUUCUCCUCCGACCUCUUGCGGGACUUUUGUCGUGGGGAGGGCAUCCUCCAGUCGUUCACGCUUCCGGCCUCCCCGCAGCAGAAUGGGGUUGCUGAGCGCCGCAUUGGCUUAGUCAUGGAGGUGGCUCGUGCCUCGAUGAUCCAUGCGGCUGCUCCCCAUUUUCUAUGGCCGUUUGCGGUCCGGUACGCUGCGCAUCAGCUCAACCUCUGGCCCCGUGUCUCCAUGUCGGAAACCUCGCCUACAUGUGUUGGACGGGGGAGGUUGGCAAUGCGUUGGUGUCGCGGGUUUGGGGCGCUCGUGCCUUUGUCUGACGUCACGUUUGACGAGUCGGUUCCCUUUUACUGUCUCUUCCCCUACCGCACUGCCCCUCUCCCUCCCCCCCCGGCCGCUCUUCCUCGCUCCAGAUCCCCCUCCGUUAGGCCCCCUUCCCCCCCCAAGGGUCCUGCUCCUUCCGGUUUGUCUCAGGUAGACCCACUCCCCUUGGCUGAGCUUGUCGAGGUCACUAGCGACUCUGGUGCUGCUCGGGGUGCUGCGUCUGGGGGUGUUGAGCCUGCAGGUUCGGAGCCUGGGGUGAGCCUGAGCAUGCGGAGCCUGGGGGUGCUGAGCCUGGAGACGCUGGCGCUGGAGGCACUGCGGCUGGAGCCGCUGGAGCUGGAGGCGCUGGAGCUGGAGGCGCUAGAGCUGGAGGCGCUGGCCCUGGACGCGCUGAAGCUAGAGGCGUUGGAGCUGGAGGCGUUGGAGCUGGAGGCACUGGAGCUGGACGCGCUAGCGCUGGAGGCGCUGGAGCUGGAGGCACAGGAGCCGGGGGCACUGGAGCUGGGGGCGCUGUCACUGGAGACGCUGGAGCUGGAGGCGCUUGAGUUGUAG